GUGUGUGUUAUUGGACUUUCAGUAGGUUGUAAUACGUACAAAAGGAUAUAGUCGGUUGGUACUAGAUUUUACUUUUAAAACAUUUUGACUGCUGGAAGUUGUUUUAAAAAUUAAAAUGGGACGUGAUAGUGAUCGAGAAGGAAGUGUUGAUCAACAAGAAAAUGAUUCCCAGCAUUUAAGAGAGAAAAGUCCAUCCCCUCAUCAUUCUCCAAGUCGAAGAGAAGAGAGACGCUCAAGGUCGCAUAGUCGUACCCCUCAUUCACGUUCGAGAUCUAGAUCUUACUCAAGACGCCGACACUCGUACUCUAGGUCCAGGAGUGGUUCACGUUCUCGAAAACGUCAUCGUCGUUACAAAUCAAGAUCUAGGUCCAGAACACCAAAACAUAGGAGGUACUCAAGAAGCAGGAGCUAUUCAUAUUCGCCAAAGCGAUCAUAUUCGCCAAGGUAUAGUCCGCGGCGAUCACCAUAUUACAGAAAUCGUUACAGUGGUUAUAGUGACCAUGACUUUCACAGGAGCCGCACAAGAUCCCCCAUGUCAAGUCGGCGGCGCCACCUCGGAAGUCGGUUAGACAAGGAUUUUAGGGAUAAUCCAGAGCCCUGUCGAUGUCUUGGUGUUUUUGGUUUGAGCUUGUACACACAGGAACGAGACUUGAAGGAAGUUUUCUCUAAGUAUGGUCCAAUUGAGCAAGUUCAGGUUGUUUAUGAUGCACAGACUGGAAGGUCCCGUGGAUUUGCUUUUGUUUAUUUUGAGACUGAGGAAGAUGCAGAAGAGGCUAAGGAGAGAUGCAAUGGACUUGAAAUUGAUGGCAGGAAAAUCAGAGUUGACUAUUCAAUUACAAAAAGAGCACACACUCCUACUCCAGGGAUAUACAUGGGGAAGCCUACCUUUCCAAGAUAUGGUGGUGGAAGCAGUAACUACAGAGGACGGUCUCCAUCACCAUACUACCGGGGACAUAGGUAUUCUAGAUCAAGAUCCCGUUCAUACUCUCCUCGGCUCGAAGAAAGAAAUAAAGGAUGAAGAUUUAAGAAUGCGAAGAAGAAAAUAAUCUUUGUGUAGCAAGAAUAGAAGUGGGGUUGGUUAAUGAAGAGAAAAACAGGAAGGGUUGAAAAUUGAAGUUCACAGCUAUAAGAAGUUUAAGCACGAAGAUAAGUGCAUAGUAAAUGUGAAUAUGAAGAGAAGUUGAAGAAAAUUUGGAUGAAAUUCUUUCAUGAAGAAAUUGAAGAAUGAAGGCUCGAGUGAUGUUUGUACAAGUAAGCAAACAUCAUGAAAUCAGUGUUUCGCUUCAUUUUUCAUAACGCAUACUUGACAAAAUUAAAAUCUGUAGAGGCAAUUUAAACUUCUUAGCAGUUACCCUUUUGGUAUUAAGGUCAAAAGCUCAUGUCUUGCAAAUUCAGGCUAUUAAAAAGCUAACAUUUGAUUGCUGAUAAAAAUGCAGCAUUUCUGUGGAGCGAUUAAAUUUAUAUCGAAGUUUAAAGUACCAUGAAACUAAAUUUUGUAAUAGAAGCAGCACACAUAUAUAGAGAAAUAUUGGAAAGCUGGAAAUUUUAAACAGUCUGCCAAGGCUUAAACAAGAUUCUAGCUUAAGUGACACACACUACAUGCUUUGCUAAUUAAAGCUGGGUGGGGGUGGGUAUAUUUUAACAAGAUUCUAGCUUAAGUGACACACACUACAUGCUUUGCUAAUUAAAGCUGGGUGGGGGUGGGUAUAUUUUAACAAGAUUUUAGCUUAAGUGACACACACUACAUGCUUUGCUAAUUAAAGCUGGGUGGGGGUGGGUAUAUUUUAAGUUUCAUCAAUUGAUAUUUCAAUGUUUUCACUCAGUUGGGUUUGGCUGGUAGAAUUUUGAAUAUUUUCUAAUGUCUUGAAUUGGCUAUUCUUUUAAAGCUGGACUGACUUUUGGUUGUUUUUGAUACACACUUAUUUUCUUCUUCGUAGGUAUACUUGUUUGUACAUAAUAAACUCAACCCUUUCAUGGUUUUUGUAGUAAUCGGUAUAGGGUGUAAUUAGCUGACCAAACAUUGUGUAACCAACUGGUAAAGUUAGUGGGGGUAAAUGUAAACUUUACUGAACAGUAGUUAAGGUCAACCUUCGUUAGUGUUAACAGUUUAUAUCCUCCUCCCCGAAUACUUGGCUGUCUAGUUUUGGAUGAUUAACAAGAAAUGAAAGAGUUCGUAAUUAUUUAUAUUAAUGUUAAAUUCUAACUACUCUAUUUUAGUGAAUGAAAAAAUGUUACUUUCAGGUGUAACAUGCUUAGAAUGAGACUAAAUUUUUGUGAUCAUAAUCUUAGAAAGAAUUACUGGGAGUAGAUGUACAUUCUGGGACUUAAAAUUGGGAAGGAAGGAAAUAUCUAUAAUUUAAUUAAUAUUUUUUAGAAACUGAAAGAUCAUUUUCAAGAAGAACAAUAACCUUUGUGCUACUCAGUCUUCAAAUUCUUCUGGUGUUUUAAUUUGAUGACUUUGAGGCAAAGCCUAUGUAACAUUAAAAAUGAUGCUGGUGUAGGUGUGGUCUCAUCUGGCAUCAAACAAUGAAAGAAAAUAUUAAUGUGUUAUGUGGUUACCAUAUGGAAAGCUGAAAAACGAGGAAUUUAAACUUGUCUUACUGCAGUGAAUAAAAUUGCUUUUUAACAUACUAAUAAUUCAUACCAUUUUAAAACCAAAUACUAUAUAAACGUUAGACUAAAAUUACACUUUGCGAAGGACUAGUAUUUAAAAAAACCUGAAAAGUAUGUUUAGAUUUGGUUUGCUCUAGUUUUAUUAAUUUUACUGUUUUGCGUCUCCUCAUUCCACGGUUAUGACGUUGAAAUCGGCUAGGACAGUCAACUUGUCCCAGGGCUUAGACUUAGUCUUAUUAUCGUGCAGACGUGUGGGUAGAUGGUAAAUUAAAAUGGGUGAAAUUAAACUUGUAAUAUGUGAACCACACUGUGUUAUAUCCAGUUCUGGUGAGGCUUUUUGCUGGAUGCCAGAUCUCAUCGUGCUGCUUAUAUCGUCGACUGUUUCAAUGUGGGACACAUUAAGUUGGUAAAUUGUAACUUUUAUAAAUUUUAUUUAAGUCAUUACACUUCGUAAUUAGGUUUUUUUAUUUUAUUACUCGCAUUAAAUUAUUUAACACCAAAUUUAUUAAAUUAUUUAUUUUACUUGAAUUAAAGUCUGACGAACCAGUAAGCUUGAAUUUUUCAUCCCAAAUACUAGUAAUUAUGAGUAAAAGUAAAAAAUUCAGUGCCAACGAAGCUUUUGGCUCAGUGCCAGAACUCAUCACGUGAAAGGUAAGUAUUUAAAACAGUUCUGAUAUCCACCAUGAUCACUUCCAUAGGACGUGAUAACAUGGCAUCGAUUGUAAGAACUGAAACUGGCUGUCUUAAUUCACAUCUAACUAACCUACCCAUUGUAAUAACAAAAUGUUAUUGAUAACAGUUAGUGUUAAAAUGUUAAUUAUUGCGUGAUGGUUUUAAAAUAAACCUUUAUCGCGAUUCUUCACCUUAACUUAAGAGCGGUUUUGAAAAAUUGAUAUAGGAUAACUUGCGAGUUGUAAAUACAACGGCAUCGUAAACCAGUCGACCUGAAACGUCAAACCGCGCUGCAAGCAUUUUUAUUUUACCGUUUUACCAACACCAGCCAUUCCAGUACAGUAAGCUUAAUUUCCACCCUCACCAGUUUCAACACCUUGUUUUGGAAUAGUCUUGUAAGAAAUAAAGAAACAUUACAGAUUGUAUAAAUCACGUGGGAGAAAGCCACGUGUUCACGGUGUACAGAUUACAACCUUUUCCUCAUGGUGGGGCGGGGCGUGUGCCGUAUUUAAUUUGUCACAUUAAAAGUACGAAAUUAUUAACUUCACACGGGGAUGAAAUUAGCUUAUCAUAUCCGUGUGCAAGUUUAAAUUUCUACUUCUCGUACGAGUUUAUUUACGUAACUAACUUAAUAAAUUAGUUGGAUUGGGUGUUUUUUGGUGAGACGACCAUUUACAGUUCAAAAAAUAUUCUCCCAAUCAGCCCCCAUGAUGUAGUACUGUUUGAUAUUACCUAGACAGUUUUAAAUAUGUUUUUAAAAGAAAAUGUGUAUAUGAGAAACGCUACUAAAAAUUUGGAAGUCUUGGUUUUACACUCAUUCGUUAAAUGUUGAUUACAUGCCUUCAUUUGAGUCCAAUCUAAACCGCGUUUCGCACUUCGUACGCCACGUGAAAUAGUUUUUCCAUUAACUCUGGCGCUCUAGUUUUUAUUUAAACAUACCUACAGUAAUCAGUAUGAUUGUUCUGUUCGGGCGUGUAUUUUAUAAUUAUGUACAGUAUUGUUGUAUGAAAUGUAUCCAAAGCGAUCAAGUAACAUGUGCUACUAAUCCGUUUCUUAAUAUCUGCCGAUUGAUCAGUCUCAUUAUAUAAGCAUAUUACCUGAAACAAUCCCAGCAAUUCUUAAAGUUAUACAUAAAUAAUCCAGGCCACGAGUUAUAGUUAUCUAGUAAGACUAGAUACGGAGUUUUAUACGUGUAUUUUCCGUAUCAGUCCUGAAGAUGGCGCUUGCUAAUGAGCACAGAUGGCGAAGUGUCUGGGUUUAAAAAAAAAAGGUCAAACGUGUAUUUAAAAAAAUAAGUUCGUUUGAGAUUUGUUUCCUAUAACCAAUGGCAUUCAUUCGAAGUGGAGAACAUACGUGAUACCCAAUCAUCUGUAACGUGUUCCUUUGAGAUUUGUUUCCUAUAACCAAUGGCAUUCAUUCGAAGUGGAGAACAUACGUGAUACCCAAUCAUCUGUAACGUGGGAAGUCCACUAAAUAAAGGUAAGUUUGGUUAGUUUUUAUCAAUGUGAAAUUUUGAUUUUAUAAAUGAUUAUACGUCAGAAUGGCCUUGUAAUGUGUGGUGUUUAUUAAAAACGAAGUUUAUGUGAAA